AUGGAUUCAGUUGAAAGUCCGACUGCGGAAACUCCUAAUGUAUCCGUUCAAAGUGUGACUGAGUUUCCGGUAGAAAAGAUUGUAUCCACUUGCAAUUCUCCGCAAAAAACCAUCAUUGAGUUUCCAAUAUUGGCCUGUCGCAUAUGUUUACAAAGUCAGGAGGAAAAUGAGACAUGUCCAAUGUUUCCCAUAUUUCAAUCAAAGGAUAACAAUAAGUCCGAUGAAUUGCUGAUAUGUGACAAAAUUCAAAACUGUACUGGCAUCAAGAUUCAAAAUCACCAAAAGUUGCCAUCAUUGAUGUGUAAAAAUUGCCUUAUAUUUUUAAAUAUUGCACAUACAUUUGCCUCCAUCUGUCGCAAUUCGCAAAAAUAUCUUCAUGAAUAUGUUUUGGAAACUGGUAUAAUGAAUGAUGAUCUGAAGGAGGACGUACAAUGUGAUGGAAUUGUAGAAGAAUGUCAGCGAAUCGAAGAAGCAGAUGAUCAUGAAGAAAAUGAACUUCAAAAUCCUUCUGAAGAAAAUAUUACCACAAUGGAAUGCUAUGAUAAUGAAGAGGAAGAAAUACAAUCAUCCUUACCCGUUGAUCGUCCUGCACAAAUUCAAUAUAAAUUAUUGAAAAAUACCAAAGAUAAAACUUUAACAGAAGAUGUACCACUACAACAGGAUUUGAUUAAUAGCAUAACAAAGGAUUCUGUCACCAUAACAUCAUCAAAAAUACUUGCGAUAUCAUCGGAUGGUACUGCUAUUAUAGCUGAAAAAUCGAAGAAAAAUAAUAGUACAAAGCCUAUUGGCAAUAAUCCAAAAAAGACUCAUACCUGCGAAAUAUGUGGAAAUGCUUAUGGACGCCGUUACGAAUUGCAGGCACACAUUCGUCGACAUCAUGAUGUAAAACCUUUUGAAUGCGAAAUAUGUGGCCAGGCAUUUCAUAGUAACUUUGAAUUAUCACGACAUAUGCGUAAGCAUACCGGUUUGCGUCCAUAUGAAUGUAAAUAUUGUAAACGUACAUUUGGCGACAGUUCAACGUUAACAAAACAUGAAAGAAUUCAUCGCAACGAACGGCCGUAUGCCUGUAAAACUUGUGGUAAAACAUUCACCUAUUCCAGUGUUCUAAAAGUUCAUCAAUUGACACAUACCGGAGAAAAGCCCUACAACUGUGAACUCUGUGGCAGACGUUUUUCUCGCUCCCAUCAUUUAAGAGCCCAUUUGGAAACGUUAUUGCAUUCAAACGAUCCAAGAUCAAAAAUAUUGCUGAAACGUAUAAAGCGAGACGAAGACAGCGUUCGUGUUAAUGGACCAUCAACAAAUCCAUCUGUAAAUAUGUAA